CGCUACACAUGCAUUUCUUACAUAUCGAAUGGAUCAAGUCACUUAUAUACACCAUUGACUGUAUAUAUUAAUAUUGAUAUACAGUCUAUGAUAUACACCCAUUAAUUACUAUUUUCAAACUCUGAAGCUCUCACAUGUUGGUAGAAAUAACUUUGUCCCAUUAUCAUUAACAAUGAUAAUGACAUUUUGUCACUACUAAAUGUAAUGAUAUUACUUUUAUACUGAUGUCUUUAGGCAAAUGUAGAAGGCCUCAUCAGCUACCCAGCUAAGUGUAAAAAAUGACUCACCCUAUAAAUGGUUAAAAAAAAAUAUAUUUCCUGCUGAUGUAUAUCUGAAGUGUCAUCAUGUCAAAGUAAAUGCAGUAUGUGAAGGUUUUGAUAGGUUGACGUCAUCAUCUGUGUGAUUAUCAGUCAAUUGCCAGUUUCCUGUAGCGUGUUUCUAACAUCCUCUUUUUGUGUGUGUGUGUGUGUGUGUGUGUGUGUGCAUGUUGUGAGAAUGUAAAAUUGCGUUGAGUAUGCAGUACCACGCUCAGAACUGUUUGACAGUUUUGCUUCAGCUUUUCUCUCUUGGAAGGACACGUCAGUGGGUGAGCAGCCAUGGUGCUGUCUCACCUCGCUCUUCCCUUCCUCCUCCUCCUCUUCCUCUCUUCUCUCCCCUGCACCUCUCUGUCACCAACAUCCACCCAUGGCGCUGUCCUCCCCCAUGGCUCCCUGCCGGCUGUGGCGGCAGCAGGUCCCAUCCUGCAGGACCGGCCCUUUGUUGUGGUGUGGAACAUGCCUACGGCACGGUGUCACAAACUCUACAACAUCGCUCUGGACCUGGGCCACUUUGAUAUCGUGGAGAACCGACAGCAGCGCUUCCAGGGACAGAAAAUGAGCAUCUUCUACCGUGACCGCUUGGGGAAAUAUCCAUACCUCUCCCAAGACGGCAGCAAGGUAAACGGAGGGAUACCGCAGCUCGGCGACCUCUCGGCUCACCUUUCCCUCGCGGCGACGCAGAUGUCCGGCUCUCUGCAGCCAAACUUCACCGGUUUAGCCGUUAUCGACUGGGAAGAGUGGCAGCCAUUGUGGGAGAGAAACUUUGGAACCAAGCUGGAGUACCAGAGGCAGUCCAAGCUGCUGGUGAGACAAGACAGACCCGAUUUGUCAGAGUGGGCCGCGACAUCGUUGGCAAGGCAAAAGUUUGAGGAGAGCGCUCGAAAGUUCAUGGAGGAGACGCUGCGGUCGGCGCUCAGAGAUCGCCCCAAGGGACUCUGGGGGUUUUACGGAUUUCCUGCCUGCUUUAAUAAGCAGAAGAGAAAGACGGAUCAAAUCUACACAGGACGCUGCCACAGCGAGACCAAAAAGCAAAAUGACCAGCUGUACUGGCUCUGGCGUCAAUCCACUGCUCUCUAUCCCAGCGUCUACCUGCCACAAAGGCUGGCAGGAUCCACGGAUGCAGCUCUGAUGGUCAGACACAGACUGCUGGAGGCUUUGAGGGUGGCGUCUGUUUGGCACCAUGGCAACAACACCAAUCAUGCUACUCCAGUUCUUCCCUAUGCCAGGCUAGCAUUCACACACACUCUCACUUUUCUUAAUAAGACAGACCUGAUGCACACAUUGGGGGAGAGUGCGGCGCUGGGAGCUGCUGGAGUGGUGCUGUGGGGAGAGCUGAAAUUUGCCAAAUCCAAGCAUCAGUGCAUCCUUCUCAGAGACUACAUACACACUGUCUUGGGUCCCUUGGUCCAAUCGCUGAGGUCUGGCACAAAGCGCUGCAGCCUCCAACUUUGCCACGGCAAUGGACGCUGCGCCAGGCGACGCCCCAGCUCUAGUUCCAUGGUCUCCUCAGGUCCCGCUGUGACCUCUGACCCUGAUGAAGUCAACCUCCUCACUGAUCCCUCAAGUGGAAAACCUUUUCACGACCACUUCCUGUGUCAGUGCUACCCGGGCUGGACUGGGCAGGAGUGUCAAGUGAAGAAGAAGGACGAAAACAGACCCAAACGUUUCUAUCAAGGUGUCGCCAGUAAUGUAAAGUAGUAAUGACAAAAUAAAUUAAAGGAAAUAAA